AAAACUAUCAUCGAAAGUUCGUCAUCCAAGUCGAACUGACAUCACUGCUUUACAGCAAGACCAUGAACGUCUUCAAGAUCAAGUCUCUCAUUUCAAAGCGGAAGUAGAUAAACUUCAGUCAAUAUCGAUCUAUUGUGGUUCUAAAAUGGACACCUACAUAAAUCAUCUACAAGAACAAAUAACUCAAGAUGAGAAAUGUAUGGAUGUUGUAUACUUGUCCUUGGCUGGUCUAAAACAGGUUCGUGACAUCUUGAAAGGAACGUUAACAUUUCAUGGCUCAACAAUCGAACAUGAUUCCGAAUUCAGUCACAUCGACACGGCUAUUACAUCUCUUACACCCAACACAAAAACCUCAAGUGAUAAUAAGCUACCGAACUCGUUACCAGUUCCUCUACUUGCGGACUACGGGCAUUUUCAAAAGCAGAAGGAAGAAUUUAUCCUAAUUGAAUCUAGUGAAGGGCAAAACGAUGACUGUGGUGCAAAUGAAAGGACGUCUGAUAACUUUAAACCUGAGAACGUCGAUGAUAUUUCUUCUGACCUUAUUGAUUAACCAAAUCACUUUCACAGAGAUUCAUCGAUGCCAAUUGUUACCAAUACUUUUGGCGAUUAUGGCUCAAGAUAAGGCUUGCGUGAUGUAGUCCUGUAAAAACAUCUUUGUAAUUUACUCUCUUCGCUUCCCAAACGUAGUAUAUUUUGCAUGUCUUCUGAUUUUCUGCACAACAAAAGCUUGUGGCAACAAAUACAUCUUGUGGCAAGCGAUCUUGCCUUUUUACCCUUUUUCCCGCUAAACACAAUCAGUCACACAGGCAUUCUCCCAUUAUAAUCUUUCAUCGCCAUUAUCUUUUUCACCUGUGCGUAUGUCUUCUUGUACUGAAAUACAUUACUUUUGUCUAAUAAUUUUCCUGGGUUUUGAG